AGGCAGGAAAGCAGGCGCGCCUCCUCCUCGCCUUUCUCCUCUUUUCGGGCAGAGUCGCAGCCUCGUUGCUCCUCGUUGGACCCACAGACCGCUCCACUCUGCCCUUUGCCCCUUCCUCUUGUGACCUGGAGCUGAACCAGUUUGCUGUUUGACAGCGAGCCGCGUCGGGAUGACACACAUUUGACACUGACAGGCACUGGGAGGAUGGCUUUGGAGCUGGACGGAGAGGGACGCCGCUGCCUUGCGCGCCGGAGAGGUUAGGCUGGGCUUUGCUGCAUCCCAGACCUGUCCCCAGCCCAAGCAGGAGGAAGGCUUUGCAAAGGGAAGGAAGAAAGAAGGAAGGGCCUGCUCCCCUCCUGCCAUCCAGGUUGUUAGCAAUGGAGGAAAACAAUUUGAGCAUCAUGCAGCAGAGGGCUACUGAACUGGAGCACAUGGCUGAGGUCCUGCUCACAGGAGAACAGCUACGGCUUAGACUGCAUGAAGAAAAGAUCAUUAAAGAUCGAAGGCAUCACUUGAAGACUUAUCCAAAUUGCUUUGUUGCCAAAGAACUGAUUGACUGGCUGAUCGAUCACAAGGAGGCUUCCGACAGAGAGAUGGCAAUUAAACUUGUACAGAAAUUGCUGGAUCGCAGCAUCAUCCACCAUGUUUGUGAUGAGCACAAGGAGUUCAAGGACCUCAAGCUCUUCUACCGCUUUAGGAAAGAUGAUGGGACAUUUCCACUUGACAAUGAAGUGAAGGCAUUCAUGAGAGGACAGAGACUAUAUGAAAAGUUGAUGAAUACUGAAAAUGCACUUUUACAAGCCAGAGAAGAGGAGGGAAUAAAAUACGAACGUACGUUCAUGGCAUCUCAACUGAUUGAUUGGCUGAUCCAGGAAGGGGAGGUCACCACGAGAUCUGAAGCGGAACAACUUGGCCGAAGACUGCUCGAGCAUGGGAUUAUACAGCAUGUGUCCAACAAACACCAUUUUGUAGACAGUAACUUGCUCUUCCAAUUUCGAAUGAAUUUCCGACGAAGGAGGAGGUUGAUGGAGCUGCUUGCAGAGAAAUCCCGGCAGAUGCCGGAGAGUCAUGACAGUCCCUUUUGCCUCCGGAAGCAGAAUCAUGACAACAAAAAGCACACCAGUUUCCUCUCAGUUAGUCCCACCAAGGAAAUAAAGAUUAUCUCAGCCGUGAGACGGAGUAGCAUGAGCAGCUGUGGCAGCAGCGGGUAUUUCAGCAGCAGCCCCACACUCAGCAGCAGCCCCCCUGUAUUGUGCAACCCCAAAUCGGUACUGAAGAGACCAGUGACUCCUGAUGAACUUCUAAUGCCUGGAGCUCCAUACGCCAGGAAAACCUUCACAAUUGUAGGUGAUGCCGUUGGAUGGGGGUUUGUGGUGCGUGGGAGUAAGCCUUGCCAUGUCCAAGCUGUGGAUCCCAGUGGACCUGCAGCUGCAGCCGGAAUGAAGGUCUGCCAGUUUGUGGUUUCAGUGAAUGGACUCAAUGUUCUCCAUGCAGACUACAGGACAGUGAGCAAUCUCAUCCUCACGGGCCCUCGAACAAUUGUCAUGGAAGUGAUGGAAGAAAUACGCCCCUAAGAAGGACACUAGUCUUACCCUGGACUGUGGCAAAUGCACAAAUCGGAGCACCGUUGUUUGAAGAGAUGUGAGCCGCCCUUGUUUACAAACAUGGUUUUGCCUUCUCAAGUACUUUCUUGCUCCUUUUUAACAAUCACAGAUCCUUUGAUAGAGGCACUCAAAGAUUGUAUAUACUGGUACUCAUUGGCAAACCCAAAGAAUAAGAUGUAGAGACUGAUAUGCAAGUUCUACUAUACUAUGGGGUCAGCUGCAAGUCGGGGAUAAGGCAAGCUAUGGUGGUCUGCACCAAAGGUGCAUGUGAGUCCAACGUGAGAGUCAUCAUCAUGGCAAUAAUGAUGUUCUAGUAUUAUGUUGCUUUUCUUCCGAUUCAUAGUUUUAUUUCCCUGAUAACAGACUUAGAGUAAUAGACUUUCAUUUUGAGAACUGAGAUUGCUUCGGAUCAGGUGCACAUUUUUUUUUUGUUUUAAAAGAGGGCUGCUUAUGCUAACCCAAACUUGUGCUCAGAGACGCCCAGUCUUGCACACUGAAUACUUUUGCAAAUGGAGCAAGGGUACAUCUUAACUGUGUCAAUUCUGAAUGAUAAUUUUGCCAUUUACAUAGUAGAAGAAGAAAUGUUUCUAAGAAGACCUGCUACCACCCUGAUGGAAACACUAUCUGGUAUCAUGCUAGACAAGAUAUGAGAAAUUCCAGUCUGCACACGCUUAGAGCUUGCAAUUUUUUUUCCUUCAGAGGAAGCCACAAAGAGCUUAUGCAUGGUAUUCAGAAAGGGAAUGGUGAAAUAUCUGUUCCCCCAAUAAUACUAGAAACCAAGUUCAUUCACUGAGAGUAAAUGGAAGUAGCAUAUAUAUUCAUAUAUAAGUUGAAUCCAUGUAUCAAUCUAAAGGGCAAGUCUGGGGGUGUGGGCAAAAUUAUGGCUCUUGAUAUAUGACCCAUGGUUAAAUUGUGGGUCAAUCUGCAGAGAGGGAAAGUAUUGCAGGGCCAAUCACUCCUGACUGGUGCCAUCACUAUUUUCCCACUCAGGCAUUGAGAAAGGUUAGAAGUGCUUUCACAGCAAGGAGACUAGAGAAGGUUGAUGCUUCCUUUAGGUUUUCCUGGGACAGAUUAGACUUUGACCUUUCCCCACUCUACCCACUUCCCUUUUCUUUGGAAAAAGGUUAACCAUGGAUAGGUUUAUUCUGGGUUUUUUGAUUUUAUUUUUGGGCUAAAAUAUUUAGACUUAUACAGGAGUAUAAAGAGUACUACUUCAAGUGAAACAUUUAUUCACAAAGUUCAUAGUUAAACUGUAGGACUCACUGCUACUACGUGUAGGAAUGGCUUGCAGCAUGGACAGCUGUGAAAAGAAAUAAGAUAACUUCAUGGAGGACAGGGUCAUUCACAACAGCUUGUAUCAAUUCCAGGAUCAAUGAAAGGAUAACAUUGUAUAUUAGUUGUUGGGGAACAUUAGAUUUCCUGUUUAUGAACUUCUCAUUGGUGCAUCUGGUAGAACAGUUCUCAACAGAAUACUGGAUCAGAAUUGCCUUUUGUUUGAUCUUAUGUUCUUUUUACCCAAUGGGGUAAUAAUUACAGCUGGUGUAAAGGUGUAUAAGUCAGGAAAAAUCAAGGAGAAGGGCCCUUUCAACUAUCCUUCCCAACACAGAGGCUCCCUGCAGCUGUCUUUUCCAGGGAGAAAGGAACUAUCAAGAGAUGCCGUCAUAAUUCUCUCUCUUCUCCCCUACUUUGUCACUGGUCUCCAUCCACUUUUAAGGAGUUUUAUUGGUAUUGAACAUAUGUUUUAAACUUAUCGCCUCAGACAUAAGGGCUGGAAACUUGACUUUCUAAAAAUUAAAGCUGUGAAAUUUUGCAAUGUUGACUACCACUGUGGAAGUGAUAUCCCUAGUGAUAUCACUGUACUAUCAUCUUCUAGAGCCAAAUUUUGUAUAUCCAUAACUCUCUCACUGCAGUCUGUAAAAUGUCCUCCUCCAUUGGUUUCAUGGUGGUUUAGGCAACAGCCUAUAUUUGAUAAACUUGCAAAUCUAUCUUGUUGAAUUUAAUGGGACUUACUCCCAUGUAGAUACAGAUCUGGAUCUCACAAUUCUAAUAUGGCUUACUGCUACCUUUCUUAACACAUGGGCUCAUAAUUUCCCAACCAAAAUGGCUAUGGAAGCUACUGUCCUGUAGUUCAGGGGAAUUCAUUAUGGCUCUGUAGCAAAGAAUUAUAGGUACCUCACCAAACUGCAAAUCCCAGGAUUCCAUAGAUGGAACCAUGAUAAAGUUGUAUCAAGUUUGUGACUGCGGUGUAGGUAUUCACACAGUUGUGAAGGAUGCAGAUGUGAUAGAUAUCUCAAUUUCAAUGCAUAAUCCAACACUUUUGGAAUUAAUUCUGAUGUAAUUCCAAGAGUUGCUGUGAUGACUGUAUAAAUAUUUUCAGAUGAUUUUUCACACUUGUAAAAAAGUUGUAAAAGUUAUUAUUGGAGACUACACUUAUCAGUAUCCUCCAAUUAAUUCUGCAAACUUGAUAGGUCACUUAAGUCCCCAUGUAAGUUUUAGAGGUUGCGCUUUUGGUCCUCUUUAACGUAAGCCUUUUCACAGUCCUUAUAUUACAAGAAAUGAAAAUAUUUUCAUUCUUGUUUAAAAGUUAGGCUUUAAUAUCACAUUCAGGCAUCCAAAGAGCUAUGUUGCUUCGGUGAGACAAAUGAAUCUGCCAAAGCUUGAUUUAGCAAUAUUUUCAAAACACUAAAGAUGAGGAAAGCUACAGACAUAACUUCAUUACAAAUGUACUUGUGACACUUGAAAACACAUUUGUGUGUGUGUGUGUGUGGUUUUUUUUUAAAUCACUUUUCACAUUUUGUGCAAUUUCAUUGAGAAUCAUUGGUUUAAUGAACCCUGGAGUCUACAAUGGAACGAAUAUGGUAAAAUAAAGCUACAACCAGGCAAUGUAUUUUCACCCUCCUCCUCCUCCACCACCAUAUUAUAUCCAUAUAAUAUGUACAUUCAUCUCAUUUCUACCACUGAGAAAAAGAUAUGGCUGUUUUGCAUUGGUUCCAAAGCUUGCAAAAACCUCUUCAGCCAGUGGCAGAGGUAAGGUCAAACAACCAUUUGAAUCCCCAUCUGGAGUGAAGAAAUAUCAUGAAUUGAAUAUUAAUGUCUUAAGAAAUUUUGCAUGUUUCCAGGUGACAUUUCACAUAAUAGUUGUGCUUUGAGUCCACUUUAACUGCCAUGGCCACAUCCUAUGGAAAGCUGGGAUUCAUGGUUUCAUGUGCUACUCAAAAUCGUCUGAGAGAGAGCUUGAGAGGUGUAGUUCAGGAGAAGGCACCUCACCAGGCUACAAAUCACAAGAUAUUAUCAGAUGGAGCCAUGAGAGUUGAAGAGGUAUCAAACUGGAAUAAUUUUGCAAUGUGGAUACAAUUGGGUUGAAGCUUUGACAAAAAAAAGAAGACAGUUUAGUAUUUUUGACAAUAAGUUUCAAAUAGCAACUUUUCAAAAACCCACCCUUUCUACUUGACCCUAUGGAAUGUGAAUUUAAUGAACUGCUUGAAGAAUUCAUUUUAGGAUAAGAUGGCUUUUGAGUUAAGUAGGGAUGAAUAUUUGCAUUGUGAUUUUUUCACUUUCCCCUCCCAUGAGGAUUGGUGUGCCAUAAUUUUUUAAAAAAUGUAUUCAUAUUUAUACAUUUUUUUCACAAGACUGUAUAAGCUAUACACAGCAGAGCUAUUCUGGUACAAUCCAAUUUCUAUCUCUUAGUCGGUUUUUUAAAUAAAUAAAACUCUUUUUCAAAUGCAA